UUCGCGCCGCUGGGCGGCGUUGGGCGGCGUUCGGCGGCGCUCGGUGGCGUUCGGCGGCGCUCGGCGGGCGCGCUCAUCCCGCUGAGGCGGCGGGCGCGGGGGGCGGGCGCUCGCUCGCUCGCUCGCUCGCUGCCUCAGUCGCUCGGUCGCUCGCCGCGUCCUUGGCUGCCGGCGGGCGAUGCGCUUCCUCCGCUGAAGGCGCCGCGGGGCCGAGCCGGCAGGAUGACGGUGGAGUUCGAGGAGUGCAUCAAGGACUCGCCCCGGUUCCGGGCAACCAUUGAUGAAGUGGAAACAGAUGUGGUGGAGAUAGAGGCAAAGCUUGACAAGCUGGUGAAGCUAUGCAGUGGGAUGAUCGAGGCAGGCAAAGCCUACAUCACCACCAACAAGCACUUUGUCACUGGAGUCCGGGACUUGUCACAGCAGUGCAAGAAGGAUGAGAUGAUUUCGGAGUGCCUUGACAAAUUUGGAGACAGCCUGCAGGAAAUGAUUAACUACCACAUGAUCCUCUUUGACCAGGCUCAGAGGUCAGUCCGGCAGCAGCUGCACAAUUUUGUCAAAGAUGAUGUCCGGAAGUUCAAGGAAACCAAGAAGCAGUUUGACAAGGUGCGGGAGGACAUGGAGAUUUCCCUGGUGAAGAAUGCCCAGGCACCUCGGCACAAGCCCCAUGAAGUGGAGGAAGCAACAGGCACCUUGACCAUAACCAGAAAGUGUUUCCGACAUCUGGCUCUAGACUAUGUGUUGCAGAUCAACGUCCUGCAGGCCAAGAAGAAGUUUGAGAUCCUGGAUGCGAUGCUGUCCUUCAUGCAUGCCCAGUACACCUUCUUCCAGCAGGGCUACAGUCUUCUCCAUGAACUGGAUCCCUACAUGAAGAAACUAGCCACAGAGCUGGACCAGCUGGUGAUUGAUUCUGCAGUGGAGAAGAGGGAGAUGGAGCACAAGCAUGCACUGAUACAGCAGAGGACCCUCCUGCAGGACUUCUCCUAUGAUGACUCGAAGGUGGAGUUUAAUGUUGAUGCCCCAAAUGGAGUGGUGAUGGAAGGCUACCUCUUCAAGAGAGCUAGCAAUGCUUUCAAAACAUGGAAUCGGAGGUGGUUCUCCAUACAGAACAGUCAGCUGGUGUACCAGAAAAAGCUAAAGGAUGUCCUCACAGUCGUGGUGGAAGACCUGCGGCUCUGUACUGUCAAGCCAUGUGAAGACAUCGAGAGGAGGUUUUGCUUUGAGGUCGUCUCACCUACCAAGAGCUGCAUGCUGCAGGCUGACUCGGAGAAGCUGCGUCAGGCCUGGAUCCAGGCUGUGCAAGCGAGCAUCGCUUCUGCUUACCGGGAGAGUCCUGACAGCUACUAUAUUGAAAGACUGGACCGGACUGCUUCCCCAUCAACCAGCAGCAUUGAUUCCGCUACCGACUCCCGGGAGCGCAGUGUGAAAGGAGAAUCCAUCCUACAGAGAGUGCAGAGCAUUCCUGGGAAUGACCAGUGCUGUGACUGUGGUCAGCCAGAUCCUCGCUGGGCCAGUAUCAACCUGGGCAUUCUGCUGUGCAUCGAGUGCUCUGGGAUCCACAGGAGCCUGGGUGUUCACUGCUCCAAGGUCCGAUCUCUCACACUGGACUCCUGGGAGCCAGAGCUGCUGAAGCUGAUGUGUGAGCUGGGGAACAGCACCAUGAAUCAGAUCUAUGAGGCACAGUGUGAAGAGUUGGGUCUUAAGAAGCCAACAUCAGGGAGCUCCAGGCAGGACAAGGAAGCCUGGAUCAAAGUGAAGUACGUGGAGAAGAAAUUCCUCAAGAAGCUGCCAAAUGGGGAGGCACUAACAGAGAACGAGCGGAAACCCCGGCGCUGGUGCGUGAAGAAGUGCCAGAGGAACAACAGCACCACCAAAGCACCCACAGCUCGCAGGAAGUACCGCCACGAAGCAGGCAAUGCAUCACCAGCCAUGUUGUCCUCAGCAGCUACGCUGGAGAGGAAGUUCCGCCGAGAUUCCCUCUUCUGCCCUGACGAGCUGGACUCUCUCUUCUCCUACUUUGACACCGGUGCUGGCUCCGGCCCACGUAGUCUGAGCAGUGACAGUGGGCUUGGAGGGAGCACAGAUGGCAGCACGGACAUCCUGGUGUUUGGCUCUGUGGUGGACAGCGUGACAGAGGAAGAGUGCGAGGUGUCAGAGGAGUCGAGUGGCGAAGCAGAGAUUGAACAAGAAGCAUCAGAUUUGGAGGACCUGAGGGAGCUGCAUCCUGGUUUGUUGAUGUACAAGGCAGCACGAGCCCGAAACCUGCCUCUCAUGGCAGAAGCACUUGCAAAUGGGGCUGAGAUCAACUGGGUGAACGAUGAAGAUGAGAACAAAACCCCUCUGAUUCAAGCUGUGAUGGGGGGCUCCUUGAUAGCCUGUGAAUUCCUGCUGCAGAAUGGGGCAGAUGUUAACCAAAGAGAUACCCGAGGCCGAGCUCCCUUGCACCAUGCCACAUACCUGGGGCACACUGGUCAGGUCUGCUUGUUCCUCAAGCGAGGAGCAAACCAGCACGCGGUGGAUGGCGAUGGGCAGGACCCGCUCAGCAUUGCAGUCCAGGCAGCCAACGCAGACAUAGUCACCUUGCUGCGUCUGGCUCGGAUGAAUGAGGAAAUGCGGGAAGCAGAGGGGCCCUUUGGACAACCAGGUCAAUAUCCCAGCAACAGCCCUACUGAGCUGCAGUACAGGAAGUGUAUACAGGAGUUCAUCAGCCUUAAUAUAGAUGAGUGUUAGUGACAACUCCCCCACCUCCCCUUCGCUGUCUUGAAGUUGGGCUGAACUUGUAGAAGCCCUGAGAAGCCCCAUCCUUGGUAUCUUGGUGUUUCUUGCAGAUUGGUCUGUUUUUGAUGCCUGCACUUAUAGGUUGAGAUGCACGCAGGAAGGAAAAGGGAUCUUUCCUCUUAGCGUUAAGGUCUCAUGCUUGACUACUGGAUGGUUGAUUUUUGUAUAGGAGACUCCUAGGGCAUAACCACAGACCAUGGCACAUGGACGUGAGUGUGUGGGAAGUGUGGGAGGUGAGUUUAGCAUUUAAAACAAAGACAAGAAAAGGAAACCCUCUG